CGCUCAGCUGUUGGGGGGCGGGGCCCUUGUUCACCAUGGCGGGUGAGCUUGAGGGCUGCAAACCGCUGAGCGGUCUGCUGAGCGGCCUGGCCCAGGAAGCUUUUCACGGGCACUCAGACAUCACGGAGGAGCUGCUGCGGAGCCAGCUCUAUCCAGACGUGCCGUCCGAGGAGUUCCGCCCCUUUCUGGCGAAGAUGAGGUGGAUUCUUAAGUCUAUUGCAUCUGCAGACAUGGAUUUCAACCAGCUGGAGGCAUUCUUGACUGCUCAAACCAAAAAGCAGGCUGGGAUCACAUCUGACCAAGCUGCUGUUAUUUCCAAAUUCUGGAAGAGCCACAAGACAAAGAUCCGAGAGAGCCUCAUUAACCAGAGCCGCUGGGACAGUGGGCUUAGGGGCCUGAGCUGGAGGGUUGAUGGCAAAUCACAGUCAAGGCACUCAGCUCAGAUACACGUCCCUGUUGCCAUAAUGGAGCUGGAAAUAGGAAAAAGUGGACAGGUGAGUUCAACUUCAAUUAAUUUCACUUUGUAA